AACCACCCCGCCUUUUCCCCGAAGGAGCUAGCUAGCAAGAGGACGGCAUGUGCGGACGAGCACACGUCAGGAGCGUGUGGAAAGGCAUGGUGCACGGGUGGUGACCGUAUGCGUCGGUUUGGGAUCCUGUGCCCACCAGUCGUCCCUCGCCUGAAGGCCAUAUAUACACAGUCACACUCCCACGCCACCCUCAUGUCCUCGCACUCCUUCCACAGUCCACACAGGUCCUACAAUCACAGAGCAGGUGAAGGAACCAGCUGCAACCGUCGGAGGGGGAGAGGUCAAUCAGCGAGCGAGCCCUGUGCCGGAGGCAGCUAAGGGGGCCGGCAUGGCGGACUGGGCGCCGGUGUUCAUCGGGCUGGUGCUCUUCAUCCUCCUCUCGCCGGGGCUGCUGCUCCAGAUCCCCGGCAAGGGCAGGAUGGUGGAGUUCGGCAACUUCCAGACCAGCGGCAUCUCCAUACUCGUCCACGCCGUCAUCUACUUCGCCCUCAUCGCCAUCCUCAUCCUCGCCGUCAACGUCCAUGUCUACAUCGGCUGACAAGGAGACGCGCGCCGCCAGCUGCUUCCUGAUCGAUCGAUCAACAGCUAGGUAUCGUGGAGCAUCGAGAGAAAUACACAUGCUGUCGCGUUCAUGUUCAGGCGUCCUGGUUUAGCUUAAGCUCGUAGAAGGGCAUAGAAGCGCAGUACUAUGUAUGAUGUUCAUUGGGCAAUUUAGUUGAUGAUUUCAUAUUUUAUCAGGAACAUAUAGCUUCAACUUUUAUGUACACCGCGUCUUAUGAUGGUCCGCGGUGCCUGAUCUAAGGCUGUGUGCAUCAAUAAGUGCAACCUGAACUAUGUUUAGGAAUCUCAUCUUUAGAGAGAAAGGAUAUGUGAGGAUUCCACACAUGAACUUCAAUCAUUGAUCAAUGCUCGCACCAA